AUGAUAGUCUGUCGUUUUCUUUUAUUUAUUGUAUUGAUAAAUACAUUAUUAGCUUAUGAAUCAUGGACAUUUCCACGAAGUACAAGUUUUCAUCAUACAUUAGAAUUAUUUCAUGCUCGUGCAACAACUUCACAUUCAUCAUUUUCAUUUACAUUAUCAUCGCUUCUAUCAUUUGUUGUUAAUGAAACACAUUGUCAUGAUGAUUUGUUAUUAUUAAUGAAUGGAUUUCUACAAAAAGAAAAAUGGGCAUUAAAAAUUAUCGAUUCAUGGGGUAUAAAACCACCAGCUGGUCUUCUCGAAGGAUCUCAUCUAUGGUUAGGUUCAUAUGAUGAAUGUCUUCAUCCACUUUAUUUACCAACGAAUCAAACUCAUGUUAUACAACCAUAUCAUACAAAAUAUUGUACAGUUUCUAGUCCAUCUAAUACUACUGAUGAUGAUAAUGUUUUCUUUGCAAAACCAGCAUUAAUUAUUGGAAUCUGUUUACCAAUAUCAUGUCAUUCACAUGAUUUUCAUAUAGAAUCUUUAGCAAUUCAAUGUAGAUCCGAUGAAAGAUAUUUUUCAAUAGGAACAACAUAUACAAUAAGUUUAAUUAUUUUACUUAGCUUAUUUGUAUGUUUUGCAACAUUUAUACCUUUCCUAAAUGAAUAUUCUCCAAUAACAACAUUGAAAAAAAUUUUUUCAUUAAAAAAAAGUCCUUCAACAUAUUCGUUUAUAAAUGGAAUACGUGCAAUUUCAUUAUUAUGGAUUAUUCUUGGUCAUUCAUAUAUUUUUUAUUUGACUAUAGCAGAUAAUGUUGUUCAUAUCUUUGAUAAUAUACAUAAUUCAUUAUUAUUACAAUUAAUAGUUGGUGCUGUAUAUGGUGUAGAUACAUUCUUUUUUAUUAGUGGAUUUCUAGCAGUAUCUGUAUUUGUUACUACAUUUCAAAAUCAAAAUGUAUUUCGUAUUCAACAUUUAUUUUGUUAUUAUUUUCAUCGUUAUUGUCGAUUAAUUCCAACAUUAGUAUUUGUAUUACUUAUUAGUAUGCAUUUAACUCCAUGGAUGGGAUCAGGUCCAAUUUUUCCAACAGUGAAUGGUUUCGAAGUACCAACUUGUCAUAAGCAUUGGUGGGCAACGAUAUUGUUUCUUAAUAAUUUUGUAUCACCAACACAAGCAUGUUUACCAGUAACUUGGUAUAUUGCAAAUGAUUUUCAAUUCCAUUUAUUAGCUCCAAUACUUCUUAUACCAUUUAUAUUAAAUCGUCGUCGAUUAACAUAUGCAUUAUUAUUGAUUAUUCUUUUGAUAAAUAUAAUUACUACAAUAUGUAUAAUUAGUAGAAAUCCACAUUUUGAAGGAGGUUUAAUUGAUUUUGAUAGUCCAUCAUUGGAUUUUUUCGAGAAAGUUUAUAUAACUCCAUGGUGUCGAAUUGGUCCUUUUAUUAUUGGUAUGAUAACAAGAUUAAUUAUUGAACAAUAUCAUUCUACAUUAUCUAAAAUUAAAAUUAUUCUCUAUACAAUCAUAUCAAUUAUUCUAGCAAUGAUUUGUAUCUAUUUUCCAUUUUAUUCAACUUAUUUUCCUAAAUUUUUUGGUAUUAUCUAUCAAUCAUUAUCUCGUCAAUGUUGGGCAAUAGCAGUUGGUUGGUUAAUCUUUGCUUGUUCUACUAAUCAUGGUGGAUUAAUAAAUAAAAUUCUUUCAUGGCCUCUUUGGACAAUUAUAGCUCGUUUAAGUUAUUCAGCUUAUUUAAUUCAUCCAAUAAUUAUUCUUACACAAGUUUAUAAUCAUUUAACAACUAUUCAUUAUCAAACAAGUAUAGUUUUGAAUAAUUUCAUAUCACAAAUUAUUCUAACUUUAUUUACAUCAAUAUUUGUUGUUAUACUUGUUGAAAUGCCAUGUAGUUUAUUCGAAAAACAAAUACGAAAACAUUAUAAUGAUAAAAAACAAAUGCCAAUAAAUCAGCAAACAUAUGGAACUAUAAGUUAG